AUGGGCGAGCUCACAGACACCACAGAGGAGAGACUCGACCAGCUAAUUGCAGAGACAAAGAAAGACAGUGAGCUGCAACUACUGAAGAAGGUCGUCGAGGAUGGUUGGCCGGAAACGUUCAAGGCUACACCGCCCUGUGUCAGACGAUUCUGGAGCAUGAGGGACAGAAUCUCAUAUUUGGAUGGCAUCCUCUUUGUGGGCGAACGGUUUAUUGUGCCAGCCAGCAUGCAACAAUAUGUUCUACGGAUUCUCCACGAAUCACACCAAGGCGUGGAGAAGUGCAAAUACCGUGCAUCGGAAUGUGUUUACUGGCCUGGAAUCCAGCAAGAUAUUGAAGACAUGGUCAAGCGAUGCCCAGUGUGUCAGCGAUUCCAACCAAGCAACUGCCGUGAACCAAUGCUACCACAUGAGAUACCAAAACUACCUUGGACCAAGCUUGGGAGUGACAUACUGGAGUUCAAUGGACGCUACUACCUGGUCGUAGCUGACUACACUUCAAAGUACCCAGAAGUCAACUGUCUAGGCACGACCAAAACCUCGGCAGCUGUCAUUACCAAGCUGAAGAACAUCUUCUCUCGCCACGGCAUACCGGAAGUCAUGAUAGCAGACAACAUGCCAUACGCGAGCAAAGAGAUGAAGGAAUUUGCAAAAGAGUGGCAAUUCAAAAUAGUCACAAGCUCACCGACAUACAGCCAAAGCAAUGGAAAAAGUGAAAAUGUGGUGAAAAUAGUGAAACGAAUUCUGAAAAAAGCGCUGGAAGACCACUCAAUGGAUCCAGAGUUCGCGCUGCUGAACUAUCGGAACACCAGAAUCUCCGGCACGGAAUACAGCCCAGCACAGGUGCUCAUGGGACGCAGGCUGCGGGACCGACUGCCAAUGCCAGCGAAAAAGCUGGAACCCAAGACGGUGGACCCUGCGGCAGGUCUUCAAAAGCAACAAGCUCGCCAGGAGUACUACUAUAACCGAACCGCAAAAGAACGACCAGAAUUCAGGCCAGGUGACGAUGUGCUGGUUCGUGAACGAGGGAAAUGGACACCUAGCAGUAUUAGAGAACAACACGAAGCGCCAAGAUCAUACAUACUGACAGAUGGAAGAAGGCGCACAUCCCGUCAUCUACGCACCAACUACGAACCUAAAAAUGAUGACAAGCAGGAGUCGGCAGCGCGCAUGCCGGAUACGAGUGAUGACAACGUUCCCUCUGGCCCGGGGAGUGUGGGUGACGGUAUGACCCCUCCGGAAGCAACAGAUGACGCGGAUAGAUUGGACAGUCCGGCAGAGCCUCGCUAUUCGCAGCGCAAUAGAAAAGAAAAGAAGGCAGAUGACUAUGUUUACUACUAG